AUGUCAAUCAUAAGUCUUAAAUUGAAAAAUGACUAUUCCGCAGACAAUUUCAUAACUCCUAUGGCAUCUGCCCCUAUUCUGGUAAAAGAAAACUUGAACGAGCUAGACUUACCAGAGCUUCCAAAUUACUUUAAAAAGGCUGAAACAAUCUUAAAUGCAGUGCAGUAAUCUUUGAAUAAAAAUUCUAAUAGCAAGUAAGUUAUUGUCAGCAGAAAUUAAGACUUUAAAACUGAUAGGAUGAUAUCAGAGUAGUUUUCGAGAAUCAAUAGAAAUGAAUUCGAUUAUAGCCUAAGAAACAAUCCUUCAAUGAAGCUACCCAAUCUAAGGCAGCAAGCUCGUAAUAACACCUCUUUGGAGACAUAAUCAAAUAAAGCGAAGUAUAGCAUUAGGCAGCAAGCAGAAUCUGACUCAUUUGAUAAUAUAUUUCAUCGCCAAUCUCCUUUCAAAGACCCAUCUUAAAGAGUGCAGUCAAAUAAAAAUUAGAAUAACUCAUAGAGCAAUGCCUAUUAAAACGAGGAUUUUUUCUAUGGAUUGAGUAAUCCAAGUACUAUGAAAUAAAAUCUAAUAAAUUAGAGUAGAAAUGUUUAUGAUAAUCACAAUAACUCGUAUCAAGAUGUAUAAAUUCAAAGUAAAAAUGGCAAUCUAAGGAAACGCAAGGGGUUAGAGGACUAUCACAAUUAGAAAUUUAUAAAGAUAAAUGAACUUAAUAUUACAUCAAAGUAAAAUAAAUAAAAAACCUAGAACCUAUUGGAUAUUAGUAAUGAUUAUGAAAACUAUAAUGAAAGGGAAGAUAAAAUGAUUUAUAAUAAACAUUACUAUAGCCUAAUCAAUAAAUAUGAUUUUGGUAGCAAUUUAAAAGGCACUGAUAAGAUAUUUAAGAUUUACUGA